AUGUUGCAUCUCUCCCCUACAGCUACCAGUAGUACCAGCAGCAAUAGCAGCAAACGAAAGUCCGUCUGCCGCAAUGAGAUGCCGAGUAAAUUGCCUCCCAUUCGGGCUGCAGGCGCGAUGUUAAUACCAACGAAACCAAAAACAAAACCAGAAAAAGCAGCAAGAACAAUAAAUGGUGGAGCCACCGCCGCCGCCGAUGAAUUGCUACAGUUAAAACAUCUUCUACGCAUGCAGGAGAGGCGAUUGAAUGAACGUCGACGUAUUAUGUCGAGUACUGUUCCCUGUGCUGAUAUUAAGAGACUCGUCGCUAAGGAUAUAGAUACUCUUUCCGCAGUGGAUCCAAUAAAUGAACUGAGAACACCAGAAUCAAAUUGUAUGGAUGAUAUAUCCUUGACUAUAAGUGGAGCUAAAUAUAAUGCAACUCCUAUUCUUCCUCAGUUGCAGGAAAGCGCAUUAGAGAAAUCUAAAGAAACAACAACAGAGAAGAAGAAGGAAACAAUACCAGAGGAAAAGAACGAAAUAACAACAGAGAAACCUAAAGAGACAACACUUGAGGAGAAGGAGACAAUACCAGAGGAGAAGAAGGAAAAAAUACCAGAGAAGAAGGAAACAACAACAGAGGAGAAGAAGGAAACAGAAGAAAAGUAUGAGAAGAAAGAAAAAGAAGAAGAAAAAGAUGAUGAGAGUGAAGUACGAAGGUUAGAAGAAGAAAUUAAUCGUUGUAAUUCACGUAUUAAUCGUAUUCAAAGUGUAAUGGCUCGUUCAUGGAAGACUUCACAACCACGAUCUAACACUGUAUCCCCACCCUCACCAUUAGAUGUGAAUGGAGGAGAAACAGCUGCGAGUGGAACUCUGCCUGAGAUAGUUGAUAUGCCAACAAUAGUUUGUACAUUUCCUGAACCGGAAGAAACAAAGAAAGAAAGUGAACCACUUGUCUCAUGUAUACAUCCUCAAAUGGAGGCUAGUUCUUUAGAUGUAUGGAGAAUGGGAAAUAAUAAUGCCAGUGUGACGAAUUUAUUUGAAGCUGAACAGUCUGUUUUAAAUAUGACAAUGGGACGAAUGUCUAUGCGAUCCAGUAGUGUUUUGCGAGUAACGGAUACAACAGUGGCAUUUAUGGAACUUUUGGGCGGAAGACGUGAUGUGGUUUUACCAUCACCGAGUGAAUUAGAUAUUACUCGUGGUGGUGAUAUUCUCUCAUCUAAUUAUAUACUAAAGGUGGACGUACAGGAUGCAUUGCGUAAACGUAAAGGACCAACUGGAAUUAUAGCAGGUGCCCCUUUUUUUCGUAUGGUGCCUUUAUUAAAUAUAGCUGGAGUAGCCCAACCGAGUAUUAGUGCGAUUAGUACAGUUUUAAAUGCUUUACGUCGUGCUUUUGAUGGGGCUGUUGUUUGGGUGAAUCUUAGAGAGGAACCACUUGUGUAUAUUAAUAAUGAAGCUCAUAUUGUUCGUGAGCGGAAAGAACCUCUUAUGCCAAUGAUCAUUCCUAAUGUCACCAGUCGUAGUAUUGCACAGAUUGAAGAAAAACUUAAACAAGAAGUAUUGAAAGAGGCUCGUGAAAAUGGUGGUAAUAUAAGUAUCCACAUGGAAGGAAAAGAUGGUGUAAUGGAGGAUCAAUGGGAAUCUGCAGAUCCUUCUCGUGUUUUAACUAUUCAAGAUGUUUUUAAUGGAUUAAAACCAACUGUUAUGUAUUACCGUCGACCUAUUACAAGAAAUGUUGGUCCUCAACCACAAGAUUUUGAUUUCGUGGUUGAUUUAUGCUUGGAAGAUUCAAAAUCUGUUAUUAUUUACAAUUGUCAAUCCGGAAGAGGUAAAACAAGUGCAAUGAUGCUUAUUACAAGUAUUGUACGUUUAUAUCAAGCAUGUAUUCCAGAUGAAUCCUUUGAUAUUCGUUUACUACGUAGUGAUAUUAGAGGAUUUAAUUUCCGAACCAUUAAAAAAAUUGUUUCACUUAUUCCAGAUGGUAAACUUCAUGAACGUCGAGUGAUGGUGCUGUUGGAACUUUCAGAUAAGGGAUACUCUAUCGCCGAACAUAUAAAUGCCGCAUUUAAUACAGGAAGUGCAUCUGCAGAAGAAGCUAUUAUGCAUUUACAACAAUAUGCGUAUUUUCUUGUUUUCUCUUACUAUUGUGAACAACGUUUUUGGGGAUAUCAUACCAAAGCACCUUUCAGUGUAUGGCUUGCGGAAAAAAAUGAACUUAAACUCCUAAUCACUAGUAUUCAAUCUAUGGAAGAGGAAUUUAAAGAAGAACGGAUUGUGGCCCCUGUGGAUGCAGGUGAAGAGGCCUGGGCGGCAAGUAUUGUUCGUCAUCGUAAAGGCAAUGUACUUAACGCGGGUCGUAUUUUGUGUAGUGUUCCUAUGGAAACAGAGGAUCAUGUGAGUAUAAAUGCCUUACGGCAAUUAGCCCCGGAUGUGCCGAUCUUUACAUGUGGAAGACUCACACAAGAGGGACGAGAUACACUCGUAACGGAAAUACGCAGAAAAUUCCCAACACAAAAACGUAUUCAAUGGAUCAGUCUUCGUGCAGAACCGAUGGUAUUUAUUAAUGAAACCUGUUUUACACUUACCGAUUAUGAUUCUGUUCCAAGUAAUCCUACAGAAAUAGGAUCUACCAUGCAUGUUUCUCUAAAGGCAUUAGAACAAAUUGAGGAACGUUUACGACGAGAUGUGAUUCUUGAAUCACAAGAACGUAAAGGACAAAUUUUAUUACAUCGUAUAGAUGAAUUGGGAAAACGAGUAACUUUACGUGUGAAGGUAUGUACUGUGCGAACACCCAAAGCUACCAUGUUGGAUUUUGCAAAAGAGUGUGGAAUCGAUUAUCGUCAUAUACCAAUUCCUUUCUCUGGACAUAUGUUACCAUCGGAUAUUGAUCCUCUUUUGUCAUUUUUAAGCAAAUAUAGUGAUGCUGAGGAUGUAUUUAUUAUCAACGAUACGGAGGGAGCUACACGAACAACGGUAGCUCUUAAUAUUCUUACCAUUUUUCGUGCUUCUCGUGUACGUAAUCUACGACAGUUAACCACUCCAGAUGAUAUAAGAGAGGUACUUCGUGUGGGUCAUAAUAAUAUUGUUUUACCACAAGCUCAAAUCGUUUCUUGUGUUCCUGUUAAUCCAGAAGAGGUACCUACUAAACCUAUAGAAUUACAAGUGGCAUUAACCAUUUGUCAGAUGCUUACAGCAGGUUCACUACUGCGAGCAGUAACGGCUGCAACAGAGCUUGGUGGACGUGGAAUGCGAUGGAAUAUACUUCAUGCCUUAAACCGUCUUAAAGAAGAGAUGGUAAAUGAUACGAUGGGUCUAAAGGCAAAGUUAAUGCGAGAAGCCGUACAUUUAGUACGUACAUAUCUUCUUAUAUUACUUAGUACUAUUUAUAUUGAUACGAUGGGUGAUUAUGAUACACAGGAACCUUUCAGUGAUUGGGUGGAUAAACGAGUGGAAGUGGCUAAUAUUAUUGCCAAUCUUGAUCAACGUGCAGAGCAGACACUGAAGUAUGUGGAAACACGCAAUAUAUUAAAAACAGAUCUCACACGGCGAAGUGGUGAUGUCUUAACAGGUAACUUUGCACUGAAAGCAGAUCACUUCCCGGGAUGUAGAAAGAAGGGACUUCGUCCAGAGUUGUGUGGAGCACCAAAUCUACGUAAGGUAAAUGGUGUGAAUGUUUAUGGUGUAGCCAUUCCCACACUUAUGGGUAUUCAUAAUAUACUUUCAUUACUUGGGGCUUCACAUGAACCCUUCGCGACUUAUCCUGGUGAACAGAAUGAUAGAGAACUGUAUACCGCAUUUGCCGCACCUCGUCUCUUUGAUCCUCAAUUUCGUGCGGAAGAAUUGUCUAAACCUCUUCGUGGUCAUGUUGUGUGGGUAAACUUGCGAGAAGAACCUGUUCUCUACGUGGGCGAUCGUCCAUUUGUACUGCGUAACUUGGAUGCCCCAUAUGUAAAUGUGGAAUUAACAGGUAUUGAAGCCCAAAAGGUGGAACUUGUGGAAUCCCAUUUGUUAACAGAUGUAUUAAAAGAGGCGGAAAAUCAUGAUGGAAUGUGUCUUGUCAGUGAUGAAGGAAAUCCUGGUGAACUUGUUGGAAUAUGGGAAACGGCAACUACAGAAACAGUAAAGACAAUACGACAGAUUUAUAAUGAUUUGGCCGCUCAGGGAUUUCGUGUUUCUCUCUUGCGUCUUCCCGUCACAGAUGAACAGAGUCCUGGUGUAGAGGACUUUGAUGCCUUAGUGUCAUCUUUACUUCCACACAUCACAACGCACAUGGAUCGUCGAGAGACUCUUUCAUUUGUGUUUAAUUGUCAAAUGGGACGGGGCCGUACAACUACCGGAAUGGUGAUUUGUUGUUUAUUGAUUGGUCUUGUUAUGCCAGAGUAUUAUGAUGAAUUGGAUAAUAUGUUUAAUCCAUUGUAUAAACCAGAGGAUUCCGUUCUUUCACGUGGGGAUUACGGGUGUAUUAUGCAACUAAAACGUGUGUUAACAGCUGGACGUAAUGCAAAGCACCGUGUGGAUCUUGUCAUUGAGGCAUGUUCACAAAUGCAGAAUCUACGAACAGCCAUAGAGGCAUUUGCACAACAGGUGAACUCCCCAGAUGUCACAGAGGCACAACGAGGACAUGCACAUCAUCACGGUGUACAUUAUCUCCGCCGUUAUUUCAAUCUCAUCACGUUUGCGGCGUAUUUAGAGGAGGAUUACGUUCCAAUGAAGAGACACAUGCGGGGGACGUAUGCGGAUUGGUUGGCCCAGCGGCCCGAACUCACAACGCUGUGCGAAACAGCAUCACUCAAGUAG